AUGUAUCCCUCUGUGGCUGUCCCUCCGCAAUUCCAACCCCAUCAUCACAUGGACCAGCGGCUCAACUAUGAUCCCCUUGCUCGUCCGUAUGAUCUGAACGGCGCAACUGUGCAAGCCAACAAAACGGCCUUCAACUCGAUCCCGCGGUUCCCGCAACCUGUGCAGCGGUCAGAUUCCCAUGACUUGAGAUCCAACGAUCCCAACAAGGUGGCCAAUGUCGGCGAACAUGCACUGAGGAGGAAGACCCCGAACGGAACGCUGGCGGCUGGCUAUGAUGGGACUCCCGGUGACCGGACGAUCCAACCGCCGGCGGCAAAACAUCUCUUGGUAUCGUCGUUGGAACCAGGACAGGUGCUGCCCUCGCAGUCGACCCUGCCGGUGGAGAAUUGGCAGCCCGUGACCCUCGACCAGACUGCGUCCGCUCAAUAUCCCAACUUUCCUCCCGUGUACAACAAGCAGGACCCCAACCGGACCAACAAUGGGCUUGCCAACGAUCAGGUUCAGGGCGGCGGAGGAGCUGGCCCGAGCUGGGUUCGUUCUCUGAACGUUCAGCCUGGGAUGGAUUCCGUGUUGCACCAAACCGUUCCCAUGCAGCCGUCUCAACGCUAUUACUUGCAAAAUGGCCCCUCCAUCCCAACGGUGAUGCCAGCAACCCUCCAGCAGCCCUGUCUCGGUCCAACUGCACCGGUUGGCACCGGUCCCUACGGACCAUAUUGGCCGGACGGAGCAUACAUCCCCUAUCGCCCAGCGGCCCUCCGUGACACUCGUUUCCUGCCAAACAACCAAUUUGCCAAUAAUCCAAACACCCCGCAGAUUUACGACCCCAACCAGCCGCCGUAUGGUCCGACAUCACUUCCUGCGUCAGGUCUGUCUACUCCAGGUCUCUCAUGGAACCAGGGCCCCCCACCACCCAUGAAUCAUGAGCCGUUCUUGCAGCCGCCGCAGCAGCAGAAUUUCCCUCCUCGUUACCCUCAUCAGAACACACUCCCCUAUCAUGUUCGGAACGCAAAUGUGUUGAACUCGAAUGUCUCUACACAUCCUCAGGGUGAGGCGGUGGGUUGGCCUGGCUCCCACCCAAGCCGCAAUAUACCCCCGUCCGACAUCAGCUCUCGGGCGCAGAACGCCGAAUUCAAGGAGAAGGUCCUGUCGUGGGCUCAUGGCGUCUAUGUGGAUCUUCUUGCCACUCUUAAUGCGCGAAGACAGAGCCUGUCGAAACCAGGCGUGGAUGGCCAACCUCAGCGGCCUCCGAAACCCAGCAUCUAUCCUAAGCCUCCUCGCCAGCCUGGUUUAGACUUCUCGUCCUCUUCCGACAUCCAGCGACACAACGGUUAUCCCGCUGCGCGUUAUGAUCUAUAUACUCAGAACCCAGGUUUGGCCCAGCGGCCCGCGUCAGGUGCAGCCCUUCCGAGGGUUGCUGGUCCGUAUCAGAAUGAGAAUUCGACGAUGGCCACUGCGGCGUCUGCCCUGGAGAUGCUGACCAAUCUUUGCAUGGAGAGCGGCUGGGAAUGGAUUGAUGGGAUGCUUUUGGGUGGUUGUCUGGCUUACGGCUUGGGUGACUAUGACAAGGCUAUGAGGUGGUACUCGAGAAUAAUAGAGAGAGAUGACAAGCACGUCGAGGCUAUAAGCAAUCUCGCUGCGACACUGCUUGCGCUCGAACGCCGGGAAGAGGCUAUGCACUAUUGGUCUCGUGCCGUCAAACUGCGUCCAAGCUACUUCGAGGCGGUCGAGCAUCUGAUCGGUCUUCUGUGCAGCAGCCACCGUUCAAGAGAAGCGGUCAAUAUCAUUGAACAUGUCGAGAAGUCCCUGCGGGUUUCGAGGAAUGGCGACUGCUUCCGGUCGGACGAGCAUUCCAGUGAGGCCGAGAGCGAUGUUGAAAGCACGGCGUCAUACGAACGAGCCGCUUUCGAUUACGAUAAGGACCUCGAGAACCCCGUUGCUCUCAACUUCAAUGUGAACGACUCGAACGCUCCGGGCUUUGCAUCCAGCGGCUAUGCCAUCCCAGGCUCAGACAACGGGAGAAUGCUUGCCCUCGUUCACGCCAAAGGCAACAUGCUGUAUUCUCUGGGUGACAAUGCAGGAGCCGCCGCCGCUUUCGAGGACGCCAUCCUGAUCGCUGCUGGUCGCCGACGUCAUGGCAUCAAGAGCUUGAUCACGCAGAUCAUCAACGCUUUCAUCAGCAACUCUCGCAGCGGCUACCCGGUCGUCCCAGAGCCGAAUGAUCCCAACGAACCCGUUCUCCUCUACCCUGAAAAGGCUCUGCAGACCGCGAGUCUGGUCUUUCCUCCGUACGGGAAUCUGCCAGGCUUGCAGUAUGUCCCUGAAGGUCUGGCGCGGAAAGCAGCCAUUUCCACCACGAGCAAUUCGUUACUUUCCCUGGCUAAGAUCUAUCAAGAUGGCAUGUCGCAGUCCUCCGCCACGGGAAUGAUCAAGUCUGCCUCACCGGGAGUUCGAGACAUUUUGGCCCUCUAUUAUCUGUCCCUCUCCCUGCAGCCGAGUCCGUCUACAGCCAACAAUGUAGGCAUCCUGCUGGCCGGCAUUCAGAACAACGUACCGGUGAAGGUACCGCCUCGUCAGCCCGGCAAAGGCAUCCAGGUCCCUGAAAUUCCUGGAGUCGUGCCUGGCAGUGGGGUCUCGCUCGCUUUGGCUUACUACUAUUACGGGUUGAAUUUGGACAACCGGCAUGCCCAUCUGUACACGAACUUGGGAAGCCUCCUCAAGGACAUCGGCCAGCUCCAGCCGGCGAUCCGGAUGUACGAGCAGGCCGUCCAGUGCGAUGGCAACUUCGAUAUCGCUCUGGCGAACCUGGCGAAUGCUGUCAAGGAUGCGGGCCGCAUCAACGACGCCAUUGGUUAUUACCGGAGAGCAGUCAGAGUCAAUCCGGAUUUUGCCGAAGCCGUUUGCGGACUGGCCAACGCGCUCAAUUCGGUCUGCAACUGGGCCGGCCGCGGAGGCAUCGUCAACGGAUACGGCUUCCAAGACCGCUGGCAUGUGGACGACCAGGGAAUGCUGCGCGAUGCCGCUGGAAUGGAAACCGGGUCGGGUUGGAUGCAGCGUGUGGUGGAUAUCGUGGACCGGCAGCUGCGAGAAGGCGAGACGUGGGGUCGCGGUUUGUUGUCGACCGCCACAAUCGAACAACUCUGUGCGCAACUCACGUCCGUCACGGCGUCGGGCAGACUCCUCCCGAUCAAGAACGGCACCUUGGCCGCCCUGCUGCAGUCGUGGGCUGGCCAGAAAUGGGAAGGAGCCAGGGUCGUCAAGCUCAUCGAGCGUGCCAUCCGCGCCAUCACAUGGCAGUGGUACCAAGACCGACAUGUCUAUGGCAAGGAGUAUCCUCUGUCCAAGUAUAGGAGACCCCAACUUCCGGCCGCACUCACGGUGCCAAAUGCCCCGACCGUCUUGCCGUUCCACACAUUCACCUGUCCGCUGUCUGCCAAGCAGGUCCGGCACAUUUCGCAACGGAAUGGUCUGCGGAUCUCGUGCUCGACUCUUCGCUCGCCGUGGCUUCCCAGCACGGUGUAUCCUCCGCCAUCUCCUCCGAACCCGUACCUGAGAGUGGGAUAUGUCUCGUCCGACUUCAACAACCAUCCGCUGGCCCAUCUGAUGCAGUCUGUCUUUGGGCUCCACAAUCCCAACCGAGUCAAGGCUUACUGCUACGCGACCACGCCAAGUGACAAUUCCGUCCACCGCCAGCAAAUUGAGCGGGAAGCGCCCGUCUUCUAUGACGCGAGCAGUUGGUCCGUCGAUCGCCUCGUCCAGCAGAUUGUGAAAGAUGGGAUUCAUAUCCUGGUCAACCUGAAUGGCUACACGCGGGGUGCACGGAACGAAGUAUUCGCGGCCCGACCUGCUCCGAUCCACAUGUCCUUCAUGGGGUUUGCCGGAACUCUGGGAGCAGAAUGGUCCGAUUACAUUCUGGCGGAUGAACUCUCGAUUCCACGCGAUACUCUGAGCCCUGGAAGACGAGACUAUCGCAUCGAGGAUCGCAUCUUCGAGGAGGAACAUGCUGAAGAAGCGGAGAACUGGGUCUAUGCCGAGAGAAUCGUCUUCACGCGCGACACAUUCUUCUGUUGUGAUCAUAAGCAGAGUGCGCCGGACAGCGAUAAUCCUCACAUCACCUGGGAAGAAGAGCUUGAGAGACGGUGGAAGAGGCGGAAAGAGUUAUUCCCCAAUCUGAGUGACGAUGCCAUCAUCUUUGGAAAUUUCAAUCAACUCUACAAGAUCGAACCCACCACUUUCCGUACAUGGCUUCGGAUCCUCUCGAGAGUUCCUAAUGCAGUCUUGUGGCUACUUCGCUUCCCUGACGUCGGAGAGCAGAAUCUCAGACAAACCGCACUUGCUUGGGCUGGCCAGGAGACUGCUUCGCGGAUCAUCUUCACUGACGUUGCCCCCAAGCAGCAACACAUCGCGCGGGCUCAAAUCUGCGAUCUUUUCUUGGACACGCCUGAAUGCAAUGCCCAUACCACUGCGGCUGAUACCUUGUGGAGUGGGACGCCCAUCCUGACCUACCCGCGUUACAAGUAUAAGAUGUGUUCGCGCAUGGCUUCGAGUAUUCUGACGAGCGCUCUUCCGAGCACGGAGGCGGGUCGCCAGGCCCGGAACGAGUUGGUGGCCACUUCGGAUGAGGAUUACGAAAACAAAGCCGUCCGCCUUGGCCUCAGCAUGCGAUAUGAACCCGGUGGUCAGGGCCGGGCGACCGGCAGACUCGUGGAGCUGCGAAAGAUGCUCUUCACAAAUCGAUGGCAGAGCAAGUUGUUUGACACCAGGCGUUGGGUGAAUGACUUGGAAGAGGCGUAUGAGAAAGUUUGGAAUGCAUGGGUCCGUGGUGAAGAGAACGAUAUCUGGUUAUGA